AAUCCGAUCCGGGGCUGGGCCAGGCCCUACUUAACCCAGCCUGGGUGUCCAGAAAUGCGCCGAGCGGAGCAGAGCAGAGCUGGGAGCCAGAGCAAGAUGAUGAUGGUUAUGCAGCCCGAGGGUCUGGGGGUGGGAGAGAGAUCCUUUGCUGGCGGCGGCGAGUACAUGGAACAAGAGGAAGACUGGGACCGCGACCUGCUGCUGGAUCCAGCCUGGGAGAAGCAGCAGCGGAAAACCUUCACUGCCUGGUGCAACUCACACCUGCGCAAGGCAGGCACCCAGAUUGAGAACAUCGAGGAAGAUUUCCGCAAUGGCCUCAAGCUCAUGCUUCUCCUGGAGGUCAUUUCAGGAGAGAGACUGCCCAGGCCAGAUAAAGGGAAGAUGCGUUUCCAUAAAAUUGCCAAUGUCAACAAAGCCCUGGACUUCAUUGCCAGCAAGGGAGUUAAGCUGGUAUCCAUCGGUGCUGAAGAGAUCGUUGACGGGAACCUGAAGAUGACCCUGGGUAUGAUCUGGACCAUCAUCCUUCGCUUUGCCAUCCAGGACAUCUCGGUGGAGGAAACCUCAGCCAAGGAAGGCUUGCUCCUAUGGUGCCAGCGGAAGACAGCACCAUACCGCAAUGUCAACGUGCAGAACUUCCACACCAGCUGGAAGGACGGCCUGGCCCUCUGUGCUCUCAUCCACCGACACCGCCCUGACCUCAUCGACUAUGCCAAACUGCGUAAGGAUGAUCCCGUUGGCAACCUGAACACUGCCUUUGAGGUGGCAGAGAAAUACCUGGAUAUCCCCAAGAUGUUGGAUGCAGAAGACAUCGUGAACACCCCAAAGCCAGAUGAGAAGGCUGUCAUGACCUACGUUUCCUGCUUCUACCAUGCCUUUGCUGGGGCUGAGCAGGCAGAGACAGCUGCCAACAGGAUCUGCAAGGUGCUGGCGGUGAACCAGGAAAAUGAAAAGCUGAUGGAGGAGUAUGAGAAGCUCGCCAGUGAGCUGCUGGAGUGGAUCCGCCGCACGGUCCCAUGGUUGGAGAACCGAGUGGGUGAGCCCAGCAUGAGUGCCAUGCAGCGUAAGCUGGAGGACUUUCGGGACUACCGGCGCCUGCACAAGCCACCCCGCGUGCAGGAGAAGUGCCAACUGGAGAUCAACUUCAACACUCUGCAGACCAAGCUGCGGCUGAGCCACCGGCCCGCCUUCAUGCCUUCUGAGGGCAAGCUGGUCUCGGACAUUGCCAAUGCGUGGCGCGGGCUAGAGCAGGUGGAAAAGGGCUAUGAGGACUGGUUGCUCUCGGAGAUUCGGCGCCUGCAGCGGCUCCAGCACCUGGCUGAGAAAUUCCGGCAGAAGGCCUCCCUGCACGAAGCCUGGACCCGGGGCAAGGAGGAUAUGCUGAGCCAGCGCGACUAUGAGUCGGCCUCGCUGCAGGAGGUGCGGGCGCUGCUGCGGCGCCACGAGGCCUUUGAGAGCGACCUGGCGGCGCACCAGGACCGCGUGGAGCAUAUCGCCGCGCUAGCCCAGGAGCUCAACGAACUGGACUACCACGAGGCAACCUCCGUGAACAGCCGCUGCCAGGCCAUCUGUGACCAGUGGGACAACCUGGGCACGCUGACCCAGAAGAGGCGGGACGCGCUAGAGCGGAUGGAAAAGCUCCUGGAGACCAUUGACCAGCUGCAGCUGGAGUUUGCCCGGCGGGCCGCACCCUUCAACAACUGGCUGGAUGGUGCUGUGGAAGACCUGCAGGAUGUAUGGCUUGUGCACUCCGUGGAGGAGACCCAGAGCCUGGUGACAGCCCACGAGCAGUUCAAGGCCACUCUGCCUGAGGCUGACCGAGAGCGAGGUGCCAUCAUGGGCAUCCAGGGUGAGAUCCAGAAGAUCUGCCAAACGUAUGGGCUGCGGCCCAGCUCCUCCAACCCCUACAUCAGCCUCAGCCCGCAGGACAUCAACAACAAGUGGGACAAGAUCCGAAAGCUGGUGCCCAGCCGUGACCAGACACUGCAGGAGGAGUUGGCACGGCAGCAGGUGAACGAGAGGCUCCGGCGACAGUUUGCAGCCCAGGCCAAUGCCGUCGGACCAUGGAUCCAGGCAAAGGUGGAGGAAGUGGGGAGGCUGGCAGCAGGGCUGAUUGGCUCUCUGGAGGACCAGAUGGCUGGGCUGCGGCAGCAGGAGCAGAACAUUAUCAACUAUAAGAGCAAUAUUGACCGGCUAGAGGGUGACCACCAGCUGUUGCAGGAGAGCCUGGUGUUCGACAACAAGCACACCGUCUAUAGCAUGGAGCACAUCCGCGUGGGCUGGGAGCAGCUGCUCACUUCUAUUGCCCGCACAAUCAAUGAGGUGGAAAACCAGGUACUGACCCGAGACGCCAAAGGCCUGAGUCAGGAGCAGCUCAAUGAGUUCCGGGCAUCCUUCAACCAUUUUGACCGGAAGCGGAACGGGAUGAUGGAGCCCGAUGACUUCCGUGCUUGCCUCAUCUCCAUGGGCUAUGACUUGGGGGAAGUGGAGUUUGCUCGCAUCAUGACCAUGGUGGACCCAAAUGCAGCUGGGGUCGUGACCUUCCAGGCCUUUAUUGACUUCAUGACCCGAGAGACAGCAGAGACUGACACAGCUGAGCAAGUUGUGGCCUCUUUCAAGAUCCUGGCAGGAGACAAGAGCUACAUUACCCCUGAGGAGCUGCGGCGGGAGCUGCCAGCCGAGCAGGCUGAGUACUGCAUCCGCCGUAUGGUAUCCUACAAGGGAUCUGGGGCCCCGCCUGGAGCCCUGGACUACGUGGCCUUCUCCAGUGCACUCUAUGGGGAAAGUGACCUCUGACCUCCACCACUGAAGCUCUCCACGAAAGAUGGAGGGAGGGAGCUCCCUGGGGCUGAGCCCAUCUAUCCCUCAGAGCAAGGGCCUUAGAGCUCAGCCAGCCAAGUUUUUCUGAAUAAAGAUCUAUCUGUGGGCCUCU